GUCUAAUAGAAGGGAAGUGCAACGUUUUAUUUUUAUUUCUAAAAUGUCUUCUAUUUUAUUUUCGGAGAUUGCGGAUCUGCAGAUAUCCAAGUUUGCUAAUAUCGGUGCUUUUGCAAUUCUUAUAUUCGAUUUCUGUAUCACGUUCCAAGAUGAGGUAAAGUGGACCUGGACCAGGCCAUGGGAUAUAAUUCGUGUCAUCUUCACCAUAUCCCGAUAUCUGCCUUUCAUAGGCUCUGGAUUGACUGCAUAUGCUGCUCUGCGUGUCAGCGGCCCGCCGGCCCCCAGUCUGGCAGAAAACAGUAAAUCGUCGUUUAGUGCUUCAUUGUCACUCGACCUAACAACGCGAUCUUCAGUUAUUCAUAUUAUAAGUAUCGUGGCUGCGGAGGGCUUGUUGGUCGUUCGAACAUGGGCUUUCUGGCGAAAGAGCAAGAGAGUGCUCAUUGGAUUGGUAACUUAUAGUGUUGUGACAGUAAUCGCCGCUAUUUCUAUAAACGUCCUUCCCAAUCAUCAGUUGAUAUCAGCAGCUGUGUCUACGAUACCCGGGCAAGACUUCUACUCGUCAAGAAAUGCUGCUUUGGUAUAUGCUGUCUUGGCACUCUUCGAAUGUGUGCUACUGGCCCUUACUGCGUAUAAGAAAUUCAGCGACUACCGGAAAAUCGAAAGCUCCAUCAUAGACACCGUUUAUGGCGGCAGCAUAUUUUACAUGUUGUGCAUAAUCGCCAUCACAGUCACCAAUGUGAUUAUUGACGCAGUAUUUCCGAUUGGCUAUACAAACAUGUUUGAUACGCUACAACUUGUCAUUCACAGCGUCCUAGCCUCUCGAAUUAUGUUCCACCUUCGGAGUAGUCACCAUGUCUGCGAGGUGCACGCAUCAUCGAUGUUGAUGAUGUCAGAAGCUAUACAAAAUGAACAGCUUUCGCAAAUACAGACGAAUGACUCAGAGAGAAGGAGUAAUGGUAGAAGCGAAGUUUGACGGCAUGUAAGCGAGCUCAGCUUGUCGGAUAUGCUUUUGUUAGAGUCCACUUUAACAAAACGUUCAUCGUAGCUACGCAAGUAGUAUU